AUGCCGGAAGAGGAAUGUGCAAACCCGCUGCUGCUUCAGUGGGUCAAGGAGUGGUGGGAGCUUGCCCGCGAGCGCAACUCCAAGGGCGUUACGACUUACAAGCACGCAUACGACUCGCUCAAGGCAUGCCCCAUAACUUUCACACACCCUUCCCAGCUCCAGCAGCUCCGGGGAUUCGGCCCUGGGCUCUGUGGCCGCCUCACCGAUGCCCUCAAAAAGCACUGCGAGACGAACGGCCUGCCCAUGCCCAAGGCCCAGUCAAAGUCCAAAGCCGCGCGUGCCGCCUCCAACAUCUCGCAGCUGCCCGAGGGGGACGUGGAGGCGGGACCCUCGGAGCCAGCGCCCAAAAAGCCUAGGAAGACCAAGGAGUAUGUCCCGGCGUACAGGACGGGGGCAUAUGCCCUGAUCAUGGCUCUCUCCUCGACGAACCAGGAUGCUCAGGUCGGGCUGCCCAAGGCCGAGCUCAUCGAACUUGCCCAGCCACAUUGCGACGCCUCCUUCACCGCCCCGAGUGAUCCGACCAAGUUCUACACGGCCUGGAACUCGAUGAAGAGUUUGUUGCAGAAGGAGCUCGUCUACGAGAGGGGCCGUCCGCUCAAACGCUACGCCCUGACGGACGAGGGCUGGGAUGUAGCGCUGAGAGUAAAAGAAACAUCAGAGGCCAGGGGCGGCUCCUUCGGGGCUGCCGGGCCAGCCCGUCAGGGAGUGAGAGGCGCCGGGGGCACACGGACAGCGACGACGGACCCCGUGCCUGCCCAGACCCGGGCCGCGCGCGCAGAUGCCGACGACGUCUCGGAGCAAGACGAAGCAAGCGAGGACAGAGGCGAGCCGCAGCCGCCACCGCACUCGCAGUACAGCGACGUCGUCUCUGACGGGCCUGGGACGACGUCCGACGACAGCUCCCUGCCGACCUUCACCCCGAUCCGCCUGCCGCCUGGCUCGUUCAAGGUCCACCUCGUGCUCGACGUGCGCGAGGUCAGGGCCAAGACGGACCGGGACUACAUGCAGCAGGAGCUGGCCAAGAAGGGCAUCACGCCCAUCAUGCGCAGCCUGGAACUCGGCGACGCGCUGUGGGUGGCCAAGUGCGACGACCCCGCGCUUCUCGGGCGCGCGGGCGCCGAGGGCGACGAGGUCGUGCUGGACCACAUCGCCGAGCGCAAGCGGCUCGACGACCUGGUCAGCAGCGUCAAGGACGGGCGGUUCCACGAGCAAAAGUUCCGGCUCCGACGAUCGGGCGUGCGCAACGUCGUCUACAUCGUCGAGGAGAUCGCCAUGGACGGCCAGUACUUCCAGCGCUACGAGGACAUGGUCGAGUCGGCCAUCGCGUCGACCCAGGUCGUCAACGGCUUCUUCCUCAAGCGCACCCUCAAGAUGGACGAGACCAUCGCCUACCUCGCCCGCCUGACGCGCGUGCUCAGGGCGCGGUACGAGACCAGAACCCUGCACGUCAUACCCACCCGGGUGCUGACGGCCAAGAACUACCUCCCCUUGCUUGCGCACCUGCGCGGCGAGCAGGAUGUGGCGGCGGCGGCGGCGGCAACGGCGACGGGGGCAGCCCUCCCCGUCCCGGCGGCGGUGCGGGACUACUACAUCAGCUAUCCGGCAUUCGCUUCCCUGGCUUCCAAGUCAGAUAUGAUGACGCUGAGGGACGUCUACCUCAAGAUGCUCAUGUGCACAAAGGGCAUCACGGGCGACAAGGCCAUCGAGAUUCAGAAACGAUGGCCGACGCCCUACGAUUUCGUCAAGGCCUUUGAGGCGUGCGGCGGCAACGACGAGGCCAGCAAGAAGAGGAAGCGCGAGAUGGUAUCGGGACAGAUGGCCAGCCUGCUUGGUCGCAAAAAGGUCACCAAGGCAUUCAGCCAGAAGCUCGCCGAGGUCUGGGGUGGUGCUUGA